AAGCGAAGGUAAUGCAAUAAAACUUUUGCGCGCGCAUUUCUCUUAGUACAUAACGGUAGCGCUUCGUGUGUGUGGGUGGGCUAAAAAAAUAGCACUCGUCCGUGCCCUCUCGCUCGCGCUCGCCUGCUUGCCGCCUCCUGCCAUCCCGCUCUCAGUCGAUUCCCAUUCGAAUGCAAUUCGUUUCGUUGAUUUCUCCAAUUCGCGAAAGAGAGGGGGAGGAGGAACCAGAGGCAGAGGCAGCGACGCAAACGCCGCCGUCGCAGAGGAGUAGCUGGCAUCUCUCAAUCUCUCAGUGACAAUCCGUCGGAACGGUACUCGAAAACGGACUCCGCUCCGGUUUCCAAAAUUCCAGUACGAAUACGCUUAUUUGAACACUCGAUCUUACGGGCAAUCGGAAUAUCAACAAAAAUAUUGGAAAAUCAUAUAUUUUACGGCGAAAUUUAAAGUGAAAAUCACAAAAAAACAAAGUGCGCGAGUGACUUGUGUUAAGUGAUUUUGAGUUUAAGAAUUACUUUUAGACCCCUUAAAGAAAAAACCAAAUAAAAAAAAUCGUUUAAAAAGUAAACAAACAAAAGUGUUGGCCAUGAUGAAGUAUGGAUUCUGUGACAAGUGAACAGAGUGAAAAGAACAACAAUAAAACGGGCGCAAUUAAUAACAAUAAUAGUGGUAUUGAAAGAGCCACGGGCAAUAUGAACACCACCGCCAUGUUAAUGCACCACCAGCAGCAGCAGCAGGCAGCCGCCGCAGCAGCAGCAGCCGCAGCAGCCCAGCAGCAACAGCAGCAGCAGCAGCAACAGCAGCAGCAACACAAUGGACGCGACGGGAGCAACAGCUCGCGUGGGGCCAACGAGGAUCGCCCGAAUGGUAGGAGUUCUCACCAAGGACGCGGAUCCAGUUGCUCCCCGGCCAGCUCCCCAAGCCGUCAUCCCAGUGCCGUGAGUCCUGUUAGCUCCAUGAACCACUCCAUGAUGCAGCAGAUGCAGCAGCAGCAGCAACAACAGCAGCAGCAACAGCAACACCACCAGCUGAGCCCCCCGCCACAUGGAAUGCCAUCGGGCAAUGGACUGCCGACGGGUCUGCCCCCAAGAAUGCCCCAUGGACUGCCGCCCCAUUCGCUGGGACUCCUCAACUCCCUGCAGAUGAUGCACCACGCCUCCCCCUUGGAACUGAUGGCCGCCGCCCAUCAUCAUGUGCCGCCAAGGUCGUACAAUUCACCGCCCCCAAUCUCCACCUCGGAUCCCAGUGCCAAUGAGUGCAAAUUGGUGGAGUACCGGGGUCAGAAGGUCGCCGCUUUCAUAAUUAGCAACGAAACCAUGCUCUGCCUGCCGCAGGCCUUUGAGCUUUUCCUAAAGCACCUGGUGGGCGGUCUGCAUACGGUCUAUACCAAAUUAAAGCGACUGGACAUCGUACCGCUCGUCUGCAAUGUGGAACAGGUGCGCAUACUGCGAGGACUGGGCGCCAUUCAGCCGGGCGUCAAUCGCUGCAAGUUGCUGUGCUGCAAGGAUUUCGACGUCCUCUACAGGGACUGCACCACGGCCAGAUGCCUAUCGAUCAAGCCACCAGAGAGUAACUCUCUGCAAUUCCGCAGUUCCAGACCGGGUAGACCGCCCAAAAGGGGACCCGUGGGGCUUUCCCUUCCGCCCACUCACCUAUCGCAGCAUCCACAGUUGAAGAAGCAUCGCCUGGACAACGGGGACUAUGCCUAUGAAAAUGGGCACAUUAGUGAUAUGAAGUCGCCCCUUCUGGCUAAUGGCUACAAUCCACCGCCCAUCAAUCACAUGGCCUUCAUGCAGAUGAACGCCCACCAUCCUGGAGCGGCGGCUCUCAUGUCGCCGGGAAUGCCGCCUCACGGAUUGCACGCCCGUCCAGAAAGCCAGAUGCUCAAGGCCGCCGCCCAAAACGCCGGUAUGUCGGCGGCCAAUAUGGACGCCUUGGCCAGAUCCGGAAUCUGGGAGAAUUGCCGAGCGGCCUACGAGGAUAUCGUCAAGCACUUGGAGCGUUUGCGGGAGGAGCGGACGGACGAGCGGCAGCAGGUGAUGGGCGUAGGUGGUGCGGUCGUCGAUCGGGUCGGAAAUGUGAUGGUGGCCGAACACAAGCCCAGGGAUCUCAGCUCCAGAAAUUGCUCCCCGACGCGCCAGAGUCCUGUGUUGAAUCUGAGCAAGUCCGGCGGAAACACGGACCACGGCGGAAGCAACUGUGACGCGGGCAGCGAGCGAAGUGACUGCCAUUCGGUGGCAGGAUCCCCAGGAAGAGGGGGUUCCCGGAGUCUGGACGAGGGCAGUCGCAGUGGCGUCGGCGGGGGCGUGGCCUCCCAUGUGGGCGGCGGGAUUAUCGGGGUGGAGGACGACGAAGAGGAGGAGGAGAAUUUAAGCGACGAGAACCAAUCCGAAGUCGAUGAACGCUGCCUGGCCAAAGAAGACGAAGAUUUGAGUGACACGGAACGUGAUAAUCUGUCCACCGGUUCGGCGGCAGCUGCAGCGGCUGCAGCAGCGGCGGCGGCCCACCAGCUGCACCAGCAUGCGGCCACGCACCACCACCAAACGGUGGGUCUGUCCCACCUGGGCGUGGUGCCCCAGCACCAGAGGGGUUCCCCCACGUCGGCCGAGGCAGCCGCUGCCGCCCUCCAGCACCAAAGAGCCUUGAACUACUCGCAACUGGCGGCAGCCGCAGCGGCGGCCAAUGGAGCGGCAGUGGGCGGUGGUGCGGUCGCCAAUGGUCCGGCAGGCGGCGGUGGUGCCCUCACCCCCAACGAGGCGCUCCUGGCGGCCAACGAUGCCGCCGCCCUGGCCGGCGGUCUGGCCUUGGGACCGUUGGGCAUCGAUGCUCAUGCGGCGGUUCCAGCCAGCUCCACGGAAACGUUGCUCCGGAAUAUCCAGAGCCUGCUCAAGGUGGCCGCGGAUAAUGCCAGACAGCAGGAGCGGCAAAUCAGCUACGAAAAAGCUGAGCUAAAGAUGGAUGUUCUGCGAGAGCGCGAAGUCAAAGAUUCGUUGGAACGCCAGCUUGUCGAUGAACGUAAACUGAGAGUGCUCUACCAGAAACGCUUUCGACGCGAGCGGAAGAUUCGCAUCCGCUAUCAGCAGCAACUUGGUGGCGGCAGCAGUGCGACGAAGGGCAGUCCGAAUGCGAACGGGAGCGGGGGCGGUGGAUCCGGAUCCGCUUGCAGUGAAUCGGAGGCUUGUGGCGGCGGGGGAGGUGAUACCAAGUGCAACAAUAACAACAACAACAAUAACAACAGCAAUAGCAGCAGCCACGGCGGCGAUGUGGAAACAAUGAAAGAAAACGAUGCCGGCAGUGAAAAAUCGGACAAAUCGCUGGGCUCCAACUCCUCCUGUGAUGUGACUGCCGGACAUUCGGCUGGAUCCGCUUCCGGUUCCAUCUCCGUUGCCCUCAACUGCCCGGACUCCCCCACCCAAUUCAAGCGGGAGCCACACUCGGAUCACGAGGGCUCCGUGGAGCGCCAGCCACGGUCCUCCGCCGCCUCAUUGGCCACCCACGACGAAGAUAACUCUAAAAGGUGCGGUAGUCGCGACCGGGACGAUCGGCCGCCCAGCGGAUCAGCUGCCUCUGCUGCUGCCGAAGGCAGCUUGGCCGCUGCAGCAGCAGCCGCAGCAGCAGCGGCAGCGGCGGCCGCCAGCAACGGAAAGGGUCCUUGGAGCUAUCCGGGCAUCGAUCUGAUGGCCACCGGAGCCUUCUGGCAGAACUAUUCCGAAUCCCUGGCCCAAGAGCUGGAGAUGGAGCGCAAAAGCCGGGCCGCCAAUGCCGAGCGGGACGUGAAAAGUCCGCUUUCAGAGCGACCGACGGCCUAUUACAAAAACUCCGUACUCUUCGGCAGCGCCAAUUAAUUGCCUGGCAGGUGAGCUGGCGAGGAUUUAUUUGAUCUCAGAGUGCAAUCCAAUCCGGCGGCGGCGACUAUUGAGUGGGAGUGGAAGAACAUAAGGUGUAAAUACUUAAGAGUGUUAAAAAAGAAGACGAAAAUGCAUAGGAGUUUUGAGAACGUUGCAAACGUUGGAACGGCCAUUUUGUAUAUAGAGAACAUAUAGUGAAAAGAUGCAGAACUUCCGAUAACCCAUUUAGAGUGCUUAGAUCCGAUAGCGUUCAGUUGUAAGUUUACAGUUACGUUGUAUAUAGCAGCCGAUACGAAAGACUUUUAAAAGAAUUGAAAAUCGAUAAGCUGAAAACCCGCGUAGGCAGUUGGCAUUACCUAGCAUUUAACUUCCCUAAAAAAAAACAUUUUUAGCAUUGCUUAUAAACCUUACGAUAUAGCUUCAAUUUGAGUAUAAAAAUGUAACAAAAAUCUAUGUAAUUGGACAUAUAAUAUAUAAAGUAAUACGUAGAUAUGUAGGAAGUAAAGAAGGUAAAUCUUACGAACCGCUUUUUAGUGUUUUUAAUGAUGGAUGAACCUUUGAUUUAUUUUACGAUGUAAUUUUCCUAAAGCUAAGAUUUUAAUUUAUUCACUAGCCUAGCAGGAGUGCAGUAAGCCCGUAAUACUAAAAAAUAGUAUAUAAAAAUAAUUAACUUCAAGUAUUUCACUUGCCUAGGCGGUAAACAAUAAUUCAUAUUAUAUAUAUCUAAUAAUAAAUACUAAUAAUAAAUGCUAAACAAAACAAACUUGUAUGCCCGUUACAAAAGCAAAACAGAAAACAUAAUGAAGGAAAAAUGAUCAAAAAUUGACAUUAAAAACUAUUUAAACGCUUCAUAUGCUAUUAUAUAUACACCCUAUAUAUAUACAAACAUUAACUUUAGUCAUAACAAUAGUCAAAGAACAAAUAAUUCCGCGAAUCAGCAAACAACAAUAACGGUUUAAAUAUUGUGCAAAAUUUCGCCGCUCGCAAUAAAAACACAGAAAUUAAUAUAAUAAAUACGAUUAAAAUAAUACAGCAACCGACAACAGACAGACAAAAACACACCAACAACCAAGCGAAAAAGUUUAAAAAUAAUAUAUAAUAAUAAAUUAUUAUUGCAAAAAUAA